CGGAGGGGCGGGAGCGGGGCUUCGGACGCACGUGGGCGGUGGCAGAGGGACAGAGACGCCGUCUGAGAGCGGAGAGAGCGAAGACCGUGGUGCGGGGUGCGGACAGGCGGCGCCCAGGUGGUUGCUGCUGCGGGUGGCGCCGGCCUCUGCCCCCAGGCGAUGUGAAGUUGACCAUGGCCCAGGCUGGAGUCGUAGUUGCAGCUGCCACGGGACUCCUCGUCUUCUUCCUCUAUUCCUCCAUCCACAAGGUCGAGGAGGGGCACCUGGCUGUGUACUACAGGGGUGGUGCAUUGUUGACUAAUCCAAGUGGACCAGGCUACCACAUCAUGCUCCCGUUCAUUACCACGUUCAAAUCUGUGCAGACCACAUUGCAGACUGAUGAAGUGAAAAACGUGCCUUGUGGGACAAGUGGCGGUGUUAUGAUCUACAUUGACCGAAUAGAAGUUGUGAAUAAAUUGGCACCGUAUGCAGUGUACGAUAUCGUGAGAAACUACACUGCAGACUAUGAUAAGACCUUGAUCUUCAAUAAAAUUCAUCAUGAGUUGAAUCAGUUCUGCAGUGCCCAUACCCUGCAGGAAGUAUACAUUGAGCUAUUCGAUCAGAUAGAUGAGAAUCUGAAGUUGGCCCUGCAGAACGACCUCAAUGUCAUGGCACCAGGUCUCACUAUCCAGGCUGUGCGUGUUACAAAACCCAAAAUCCCAGAAGCAAUCCGGAGAAAUUUUGAGCUAAUGGAGGCUGAGAAGACCAAGCUGCUGAUUGCGGCCCAGAAGCAGAAGGUAGUAGAGAAGGAGGCAGAGACAGACCGGAAGAAAGCACUCAUUGAGGCAGAGAAGGCUGCUCAGGUGGCCAGGAUUCACUAUCAACAGAAGAUUAUGGAGAAGGAAACAGAGAAGCGAAUUUCUGAGAUUGAAGACGCUGCGUUCCUAGCAAGAGAGAAGGCAAAAGCUGAUGCAGAGUACUACAGUGCUCAGAAGCUGGCUGAUUCCAACAAGCUGAAACUUACCCCUGAGUAUUUGGAACUAAUGAAAUACCAAGCGAUAGCUGCAAACAGCAAGCUGUAUUUUGGCGACCGCAUCCCCAGCAUGUUUCUGGAUUCCUGUGCCUUCCAGCAAGCCAAUCUGAGGACUGCCCAAGAAACCAGCCUUCCUUCACAGGAGGCCCCAAAGACCUCUGGAGAAAGCCACCUCAGAGCAAAGGAAAGCACUGGCUGACAGAGGUAGAAAGAUACCUGGUAUAGCUCAACAGCUAGCCUGGCUGUGAAUGGGGAUGUUGCCCUGUCCUGGUGGGUCGGAUGCAGCGCAUGUGUGGACAUCUUGUGGACACCUAUAGGUGGCAGUUGGGUUGAUUUUCUUCUAGCAACACAUGGCAAGUGCUCUGCCUCUUCCGUUUCUUCCCCUAUUAAAUUGGUGCUUCUGAAUGAGGGAUAAUCCUGUACUAACAUACCUAUACUGGAAUAUUAAAAGACAGAGACCAGGAAAGCCGCCUGCAGUAGGUGCAAUUAUUUAGUAAGCAUUACUCUGGAGGUAGGAGACGUGCCUUUGAGUACUAUGUUGCUGCACACUGGUGCUCCUUGCUGAGGCGGAGCAAAAUGGUUUCCUUCAUCCUGCCAAUGAAGCUUCACUUUGUGGACUCCAGUGCAGGUUUCUACCAGCACUCUCUCCUCAAGGACUCCAGUGGAGUGGGCUCUCCUUGGCCAGUGGAGGCUGUGUGUUCCUGCUCAGGGUGUGGCCUGGCGAGGAGUAGUUUGGUGUGGAAUUUGAAUAGGAUCUGUAUAGCCAUAAUCCUCUACUGUAGGCAGUGGCACUAGAUAAUGGCUUGGAGUAAGCAAGCUCUAACGGCCUUCUGUAACUCCCCCUCUCCAAGCAAGAUCCUCAUGCUGGCUGCCUGUCGUAUGCUUCAGCUGGGUGGCUGGGUCUCACCUUGCACCCUAAACCAGAUUUCAGAGUGCCUGGAGCACCUCCAAGCAGCUGGUUGGGAACAGAGCAGGGAAAUCUUUGCUCAGACCCCAGCCUCCCUAUAGGUCUUUUCACCAGGGAAAGGGAGCUGAACUUCCACUGCUCUGUCCUGCUGGCAAAGUGAAGGGGAAGAGAAGAGCGAAGGGACCCCGCUUGCAGCAUAUCAGAUGUUUGACACCUCAGCCAAAAAAUAGGUGAGGCAUCACUGCUUCCCAGUGCAAAAUCCAGUGCUCCAAGAAGUGUGUCAUUGAACAGCUACAGUGGGGAGUCUGUCACUGGUCCUCUCAUCACUGGCCAGGCUUUGCUGUGUUUCAGGGCUUUUUAUUCACGAGGGGUGCUGGCAGGGUGAUCUCUUCUCCUGGUGUGCUUUCUAAUAUAUCCAACCCCUGCUCCCUGUGUGCCACUGCAGGGUGAGAGAAAGAGAUGUGCUCAGGGGGGAAAUCUGGUACAAUCUGCUUUCCUUUUUCCUCUGUCCUCCCCUUUGCCUUUGAGGACAUGCUUGUUUCUAGGACCUGUGUUCUACAUUGUGUUCUACAAUGAUCCUAGAAGACAGUGGCUGGGGAAGCAACUCACAAGAGCUUGAGCUGGAAUGCUGUUCCCCAGCUGAUGGCACUGCAGCAUUGCCUGCCUCUGAACCCACCUCAUGUUCAGAGACUGCCUCUGCUCCACCAGGCUGGGAUAUCUGUAUGUUUAUCCUGCUCUCCUGUGACCUGGGGUGCAGCCAGCUGCAGCACUUGGCCCUGGCAUGGUCCACUGGAUGGGCUGGUUGGUAGUACCCUCUGGGCACUCAGCCAGUUGUUGCUGGCAUUGAGAUCUUCUGUCCCUGGCACCAUCUGCAGCCUUGUGGCAAGGAGAGGAACAUGCUUAGCUUUUGCCUUGGUGGAACAUCCAACCUGAAUCACAUGGCCUGAACUUCACCUCUGUUAAUGACUUCCCCAAAUGAGUUGUGUGGGCUUCAGGUUUUCCAGUGCUGCUUUCCUGUCCUGUGUGGCUUGACUCAGAGGAUGGCACUGUCUCCUCAAGAAAGUUUGGUAACACAGUGCCUUAUGCUAUCUUGGCUCCUGCCCUGGCUGCCUCUCUACCAUCUCUGGGGCAGAGCAGGGAUGCAUUGACCCUGCAUCUCCUGCUGCUUCUGCUGGCCAGCUUGGGUAAUACACAACUGAGGGACUUUGCAGCAGUUUCAGGUGGUGUUUCUUUCCUCCAUCUGUCUGCAAACUCCCAAGGCCCAGUUGGUGCUCUGGCCCAGGAUACCAGCUCCUCUUCAAACCCAGCCAUGGCAUGAGCCAGGGACCAGGGCCCUGCCCCAGAGAGGCCAGCUGAGGGUGCUGAGCACCAAUCCUGGCUUCCAGGGGUGUCAUGGGUGAGCAUGCCUCCUUGUGCUAUGAGGAUGAGAGGAAGGGUACUGCUGUUGCCAGGCAGAGAGGUUUCUCCAGUUUUCGCUGUACAGACCUGGUGCACAGGGGUUGCAGCUCAGGCACGUGCCUUGCAGAUCUCAGCCUGGGGAGCACUAAGCCAAGCUUUUGCAUAGGUGGACUCAUGUCUUCACCUACUGAAGGCUUGGGCAAAUGGUGCCUUCCUAGCAAAGAGUGGUCUUCAGAGGAGCAGGACAGAUGUCUGCAUGUCAUGCUGGAAGGUGGAUCGGCCAGAAGGCAGAGCUGAAACCCAUGGCCGCUGGCAGGAGAGGAGCGGCAGGCACAGUGUUAGCCGCAUUAGACACUGCAGUGCCCUCCCUAGUGGUAGGGUACCAGGGUGGAGAGUGGAUGUCAGCAUGUUUUGUAGCUGUGGUAUUUGAAAUGUCUCCUGGAACUACUGUUUGACUUGCAAGGUCCCUUCUCUCCUGUGGGAAGGGCUUUGAGGAGCCAGUGGGAUCAUAUCUCACCAGCCUUCCAUCUCCUCAGUGUUUGCUGGCUUGCAGCAGCUGCUUUGGUUGAAUUUUGAGAUGAAGGCAGGCUUUUUAGAACAGAAGCAAUCAUGGAGGAGAUAUAGACUUGUCUCCAUUUGGUGCUUACUGGCGUUGGGCACUAGCCAGUGCUGGCACCAAACUCUGGGCAUCAGGCCAGAUGAACAGGGUAGGUUCUGCCAGCCUGAAGAUGAUGGGAAGCCAGGGCACAAGGGGAACCACUAGAAGCUAUCCUGCAGUGAUCAGAUCCCCAUGCAAGUGCCAGGAAAGCCUUCCAGACCACUAGAGGAAGGGUGACUUCCCUUUGGACUUGAGCCUUGCUGGGCCUCCCUGCAGCCAUCCAGGUGGAUGCAUGGAUUUACUGUUAGGGGCUGCCACUCUGGCUAAAUAUCAUCCUGCUCUGGGUGUAUAUCAGCCACUUCCUACCCAUGAGGUCUGAGGGACACCUGGCGCUGCUCCUGCAGUGUCAAGUCCUGCAGCAAUGUGUGCAUGAUACUCAGUGCCUUCUGCAAAAGCCACCUCCAUCUCUCUCUGCUUCCCCAGCCACCGCUUCAGAAGCCUGAGUAGGUGUGCAAGAGGAGGGAAUCACCGUGGCUUUAACAGCCCAGUCUGGGCUUUGCUUCUCUCUGAGCUGGAUGUUGCAGAGUGGGAACACGGGUGCAAACAGAAACAUGGGUUUGAACUGGUUUUUCUCUCUGUUCAAAAGGUCUGUGUGCUUGUGUGACUAAAGGGGUCUGCCACUGGAUCUGCACCUUCUUUAAGUUAACACGAUACAUAUGUUCAAGUUUACAUGCACAGUGUUCAGUUCCUUUGAUAAAGCAGAAUAAAACUAUUUUGUUACCGUUUA